GUCGAAAAAAAUAAUAAGGACUACACUAGCUUCAAACCUAAAGAAGGGCUGGGCCGUGGUCCGGGUGGCCACCCCCUGAAUCCGCCGUUGGUGCUUAGAGGAGUCAGGCUCUCCGACUACAAGGGGGGGGGGGGGGGUUGAGAGUUAGGGUUAGGGUUUUGAAAUCUCGAUUCAUGAUGAAUGAGACUAUACCAUAGACAUGGUUCUGUGGUCCGUACCGGACUAGACCAUAGACACGGUUCUGUGGUCUAGAUCGAGAGUUUGGGACACAGACUAUAGACCGGACAAUAUACUAUACGAUUCACAUCAGACCACGUCUGUGUGGUGCGGUCCGGUACAAUCUAGGGAUGGCAAAUUACCCACCCAUGGGUAAUUAUACCCAAACCCAAGUAGACCCAUUGAUAUUGGGUUGGGUAUGGGUGAAGUGCAUAUGGAUUUGGGAGUUUAUAGAUGGGUUUGGGUAAGGUAUGAAUAUUGCUUCCAUAAUCUAAAUGGGUAUGGGUUGGAUAUGGAUAUCCAUUUACUUGAGGGUGUUUAACUACACAUGCAAAAAUUGGACCUAUUUGUAAAACUUGAAAAGUUUAGGUACCAAAAUGUAAGACACAAAAAAUUAGGUUCCAAAACGUAAUUUCCCAUCGAUAUUUUGAGGACUUAUAUGCAAAAAAAUUAAAUUUAGGUACUAAAUAUGCAUAUCUAUUAAGUUUGGGUACCAAACUGUAAUUUGUAUUUGGGCAUGGGUACAAACCCAAAUCCAUUUGAUAUAAAUCCAACUCAACCCAAAAUAAUUGGGUAUGGGGUACAAACCCAUCAAACUCUACCCAUAUCCAUCUAUUUGGAUUUCAUACCCAACCCAAUUGGGUUGGAUAGUAAGAAAACCAUGGGUAUGGGCAAAGUUGCCAUCCCUAGUACAAUCUGGACCAGACAGACCAUGAUAAAAAAAUUCACUCUUGUUCCGCCCUCCAACCCUUCGUCGAUAUCUAUAAAAAUGAAAAUUCCAAUGACCAAUACGCUAGUGAAACAAAAUUUUUGUGAUUGUAAUUAAAUGAGAAGAAAUAUAUGAGAAUAGAAGCGAGUUUUUUCAAUUUUCAAACUCUCACUCCAAUCUCGAUGACUCUAUCAAGUAUCUCUUAAAAACACACAUCAAAUAGCCUUGUUUCCCUAUCCCUCUUUGUGCUACCGCUUCUCUCCCUCUCUCGGGUGAUCCGAAAGUUCUCGGGGUUGAUAACCUUUGGGAUGACGCCGAGGUCGUUUUGAACCACUAAGAUGAUCGCUAUUCUCUCAAUAAUUUUCCUUAUAUCAUCAAGGUGAAUACAUUUUUUCUAGUGUUUAUGUCUUAUCGACUUCAUAGUCUAGACAUUAUCGGUAAAUAUUAUUUAAGAAUUUUUUUGGUUUUUGUGUGGUUCUUUGAUAUGGAUAUAACGCAUAAGCGAUCAUUGUGCAAUUAGUUGGCUCUAAACUGGAUGAAGAAUCAAUUAACUUUGUUUUUCAAAUACACAUAUGGAGGUUUACUUUAGUGUUAUUUUGAUAAAAGUUAGUAGGUAGUGUGUCGCGGUCUGUUAAGCUUUACUGCGGUAGACCAUGGUCCAGACCAUUUCAGACCACACACUAAAAGAGGAGACUGCAAACCAGACCAGACCAUAGUUCUAGUCUCACGGUCCAGAUCAAACCAUACGAUACGGUCUAGACCAGUAGACCGUGGUUCCCCAUACGGUUUGGUCUAGAUUCCCAGCCCUAGAUGAAACCACAUUUUGGUCUCAGUUUAUGCAUAUGGGAAUUCAAUCGUUAUUUUUAAAGAUUGGGUACGCAUUCAAGAAGCAACUACGGUAACCAGUUAGCUAGUUAGAUAGUUCCAUUUGUCGAUAACAGUAGCGGACAGUAGCUUGACACUAAUAGAUUUAUCGAUAAUUAAUCGACUAACCGGUUACUGUUAAUCUGAUAACGAACCGAUUACCGCGUCCCGUCCCAUACUCUAUCUAUCGGUCUCGACUAAAUCAAUCGCUAGGCUGAAAUACGUUCCCUGCUUUUAGCCAUUAUUCAAACUUAGGAAAGAAAGUAAAUGUUGUAUCUAACCGAUUACUGCACCCCUACCCAGGGGCGGAGCCACAUGUGGCCAAGGUGGGUCAUUUGCACCACCUUGGCCCAAAAAUUAUGGAGUAAUUAUAUUUAUACAAUUGUUGAUUGAAUACAAGAUCUCUAUAUUAUAGAAGAUAGUUUUACAAAAACUAAUGUUUUGUGAUCUAUAUUCACACUUUUAGUUUAUAUAUUCCGUAAGUGAGUUUAAUAUAAACAAAAACUCAAAACUUAAGGGUGUUUGUUGCUAUCGGUUGUCAUUCAAGAGUUGAAAGAGCAUUUACUGAAAUAAGCAAGUAAAGAAACACUUUUAAGUAAGCUAAGUUAUGAAAUCAUGAACGAUUUUUCUCUGUGGUAUCUUAAUGUCCCUCAUAAUUUGUAUGAUAAAUGUAUUUUAGAAUUUUUUUUUUCAUCCUGAAACAUAUAUUAGAUAUAUUUCUGACUACGCCACUGCACAUACCCGUCCUGAUUUAAAUGCCUGGCUCCGAAGAAAUUAAACCACACAAUCCAUCCAGGCUUGUCCGUAGUGGAGAAUAGAUCUCAUGCAUUUAUCGUCGUCGGCAACAGAAGCACUUCGAUCAUUAUUGAUUCUUAGUUUUUGUUGCACCAUCUCCAUCUCCCCCCACCUAAAAAAAGAAAAAAGGGAAACGACUCGAUCUGUAAAUUUAAUGGAAGCAUGCAGAAAUAAAGCAGAGGAUACGGAAGGCGGCAGCAGCAGCAAGGAAAUUCUCCAAACCCCCACCAUUUUUUUUAUAUAUACAAAAGGGGUCGGUUAGCAUGCUAACCCCUCUUAGGGGUUGGAAAAAUGACACCCGUAGUAUAUUAAAUACAACUAUAGAAUUUAAUACACACAUUAAAUACACAUUAGGAAUUAAAUGUACCAUAUUAAUUAGAAAUUCUCUCACUAUUAAAUACACAUUAGGAAUUAAAUACACACAUUAAAUACACAUUAGGAAUUCUCUCACUAUAUUGAUUUUUCAUUUUUCAGCAGUCUCCGACCACCAGACUUCCUCCGACCGCCACACUUCUCCGGUGAAAAUCCCAUCGGCAGACUCCCUCCGAUCAUCUCCAAAAAAUAUACCACUGCACUGAUACGGUGUACCACUGUACUGGUAGAUAUACCACUGCACUGGUAGCGAUAUCAGUGCACUGGUAGCAAUGUCAUAUCUGAGUAUCAGUGCAGUGGUACAAAUACCAGUAAAGUGGUAAUUAAUGUGGUGUAUUUAAUGCUUACUUUGUAUUUAAUAACAGAACAUUUAUUAUGUUUACUUUCGUUAAUACUUGUCAUUAAUUAAUAAAAAAUUGACCAAUUAAUAGGGGUGUAAAAAAACCAACCCCUUAAGGGAUCCCAUACAAAAACACUCACUAACUCGAUCCUCAUCACCAAAAACUAUUCUCUUCUUCUCAUCAUGAAUUACUCGGCCCUUCUAUAAACAAUUAAUUAAUCCUAUAAUCAUCAUCAUCGAUAUUACUCUAAUUGAUUGAUUAAUUAAUUAUAAUUAACCCGUGCCGACUCUCUGUGUGUGCGUGCGCUCGUGGUGGUGAUAAAUAGGGAAGAAAGGAAAUUAAGGACGGAGAGAUCAGAUGAGGCGGGGAGAAAGCUUAGCUGACGCCAGGAUUUCCGGCGGUAUAUACGCCCGUCCACGCUCCGGCAGCCGCGCCGCCGCCACCUCUUCGUCUCCAUCCUCUUCCUCUGUUUUGGUGCAGAAUAACAAGAGAAAUAGCGGUAGUGAAAUAAUAAUUGACACCACGGUGUCGAUGGAGGCAGAGGCGGAGGCGUGGGCGGCGCUGGAUCUCCAGCCGCAGCCGGCGCCGGAGGUACUAGUGGUGGCGGCGCCGCCGUCGUGGUGGUGGGAGGUGGAGGGCAGUACUCCGCUGCAGCUUACUUACGAGGAGGAAUGGGCUCUGUUUGGAAUGGGGCAGCAAAGCGGUGCUGAUACGACGGCGUAUGAGGAGGAUGAUUCCAGCUGCUGGCGGAUUGAUCCUAUCUGGAACUUCAACCCUACUACUACGGAAGCUGCUGCUGCACCUGCUGCUGCUGCCGCCGCCGCCGCCGCCACCAUCAACAGUAAAAAUUAAGCCUUUCUCUCUCGCUGCCAUGCAACUCCAUAAUGUAAGAAUGAAUGAGUUACGUGUAUAACGUAUGGUUUCUGAAUCCCUCUCUCUGUGGGUCUGUCUGUGGCGGAACUUUCUAGCUUUUCUGUGAAUGCUGAAAAUAAAAUCAUGCAAUUUUACUGUCCGGCCAGUUUCCUUUGUGUUGGACUAGCUACUCUGUUUUCCUUGCAUAUGUUUUCCCCCCUAGAAAACCAAUUAUGGGUACCUUGCUCCAAUCCAUUUUGGAGGGUGAAUUGUAAAUUUGGUCACUCAUAUUACCUAUCUAGUACACGUUAGCCACUCGAAUCACUUUCCUUUCAAUUUGGCCAUUGAUAUUACAUAUUUAUGUCAUCCUUGGUCACUCAUUAUCUAGUUCCGUUAAUUCUGUCCUAGGUGGCGGUCAACAAUUAUGUUUGACCGUUAAAACAAUUAUGUGUCAAUUAAAACUAAUAAAAGUAUUUAUUUAUC